AUAGGACGCCGAGUGGAUAUAGUACGAACAUGGCGCCCGAAGCUACAUAUACAUCGAAACAAGGCGUCGGAAGGGGCUCCGAGAAAAACAACCAGAAUGUAUCAGCGAAGGGGGGCAGGAAGACUCCGAAGCAAGAGAGAAGGAGUGUCAUGAACAGACCGAAUUCACGAAAGGAGCGAACGUCACUGAAAGAUACCUAUGAGGAACCAGUGUCUGGAAGAGAGUUAUGGUGGCGUAAGAACAUUAGGGAAACACCGGUACCCGGCACUUACGAUAAUAAAGAUUUCUUGGAAGAAUUCCUCGAAAGAAAACCGAUGACUUAUUCCUUCAAGAGCGAAGGAAGGAAACGUGAUUUGGCAAUCAUAAAAUGGCGCCGAGGAGACAUGCUGAUGCCCGGUGCAUAUGAACAUAGUGAGAUGGUAAAGGACUUGGAUAAAAGCAUAAAUACAUAUUCGUUUCGAAACACCGACCGGUAUAGAAUUGAGUUGCCUGGUCAGAGGGACAAGGAGUGUAACGUUUGCCCAACAACUUACGGCAUCGAAAAUCAUCUAUCCCUGGCAACUCCCAAAAUGCCGUCUAAACACAGCUCGUUUAAGUCUACGUCAUCGAGAUUCCCAACAAUUUACUUCAGACCGAACAGUAAUCCAGGUCCAGGACAGUAUGAAUCAAAGACUCCACGACCACUGCAUGCCGUGUCUUCCAGCUUUAAGUCUGGUACACCAAGGUUUAGAACCUCCCACACAAAAGUACCAGGACCAGGAAGUUAUGAGAAGACAUACCAGACCCCCAUGCCUUCUACCAUAGCUAAAAUGGGACGUGUUCAUGGUCUUUUUUUCACUAGCGCAUUCCACGUCUGAGCAGUGCAACCG